CGACGGUCUGCUGUGGCCCGUGCCGCAGUAUUUUUAGCGUAACCGACGGGUUUUGUUUCGAUCGAUCCGUUGUUUUAUUUUGUUCGGGAUUCGUUAUUAUUUACUUGCGUAAAUUGCAGGAAAAUAAUAUAUUAACAGCCAUGGCGGACGAACAACAGGAUUUGUUGAAUGAUGACGGGAACGAUAUGAAUACGAAAUUCGGGCUGAGAUUGCGAGGGAGGAAGGGCGCGCUGAAGAAGAAGAACGUCUACCAGAUCAAGGAUCACAGAUUUAUCCCGAGAUUUUUUAAACAACCCACCUUUUGCUCGCACUGUAAAGAUUUUAUUUGGGGCUUUGGCAAACAAGGUUACCAAUGUCAAGUUUGCAGCUUCGUGGUCCAUAAACGCUGUCAUGAGUACGUCACUUUCAAAUGUCCUGGUGCUGAUAAAGGAGCUGAUUCAGAUGAUACCAGAACAAAACAUAAUUUUAAACUCCAUACAUACUCAUCUCCUACAUUUUGUGACCAUUGCGGCUCGCUCCUUUAUGGCGUGCUCCAUCAGGGAAUGAAAUGUACAGCAUGUGAUAUGAAUGUUCACAAAAAAUGUGAAGUGAGUGUGCCAAAUUUAUGCGGCUGCGAUCAUACAGAACGCAGAGGCCGAAUCCAGUUGAAGAUAAAUUGUGUUGGGAAUAAACUUACAAUUGAAGUGUGUCAGGGAAGAAAUCUCAUACCAAUGGACCCGAACGGUUCGAGCGAUCCAUACGUUAAACUUAAAUUGAUUCCAGGCGAAUCGAACGAAAAAAGGAAGACGAAAACCAUUCGUAACUGUUUAAAUCCUGUAUGGAACGAAACGUUAUAUUUUGAUUUAAAAGCAGAAGAUAAAGACCGAAGGUUACUGAUCGAAGUAUGGGAUUGGGACCGGACUUCAAGAAACGACUUUAUGGGGUCGCUUUCUUUUGGCAUUUCGGAAAUUUUGAAAGCCCCAGCUGACGGCUGGUUCAAAUUGCUGACUGCUGAAGAAGGCGAUUUUUAUAAUGUUCCUGUGCCAGAAGAGGGAGUGGAUAUGGCGUCGAUUAAGACACAGAUGAGGAAAACGUCAAUAACUAAAAAACCUUCAAUCACCCAAGAUAAAGAUGUACCACACAAUAUGGGCAAAAAAGAUAUUAUCCGAGCGACAGAUUUCAAUUUUCUUAUGGUGCUAGGAAAAGGAUCUUUCGGAAAGGUAAUGUUGGCAGAAAGGAAAGGUACAGACGAAUUGUACGCUAUCAAAAUAUUAAAAAAAGACAUUAUAAUUCAAGAUGACGAUGUCGAAUGUACCAUGGUGGAAAAACGCGUUUUGGCUUUGUCAAGUAAACCGCCAUUUUUGGUUCAGUUACAUUCCUGUUUCCAAACAAUGGACAGAUUGUAUUUUGUUAUGGAAUAUGUAAAUGGAGGCGAUCUGAUGUUUCAAAUACAACAAUGCGGAAAAUUCAAAGAACCAGUUGCAGUGUUUUAUUCUGCAGAAAUCGCAAUUGGUCUGUUCUUUCUACAUUCAAGAGGCAUCGUGUACAGAGAUUUGAAGUUGGACAAUGUCCUGUUAGAUCAGGACGGUCACAUCAAAAUAGCCGAUUUCGGAAUGUGCAAAGAAGGUAUUCUUGGCGAUAAGACUACCAAAACGUUUUGCGGUACACCGGAUUAUAUCGCUCCAGAGAUUAUUCUGUAUCAACCCUAUGGAAAAUCAGUAGAUUGGUGGGCUUAUGGUGUUCUCCUCUACGAAAUGCUAGUGGGACAGCCUCCGUUUGACGGCGAAGACGAAGAGGAAUUGUUCGCUUCUAUUACUGAUCAUAAUGUGAGCUAUCCGAAAGGUUUAUCCAAGGAAUCUAAGGAUGUGUGCAAGGGAUUUCUCACAAAAAAUCCCACUAAACGAUUGGGUUGUGGAAAUCGAGGCGAAGAAGACGUGAGAGGACAUGCAUUUUUCCGACGAAUCGAUUGGGAGAAAAUUGAAAAUCGUGAAGUGCAGCCACCAUUUAAACCAAAGAUUAAACACCGAAAAGACGUGAGUAACUUUGACAAGCAAUUCACUUCAGAGAAAACAGAUCUUACGCCCACAGACAAAUUGUUUAUGAUGAAUCUCGAUCAAACCGAAUUUAUGGGCUUCUCAUUCUUGAAUCCCGAAUUCGUCCAACAUGUUUAAGACAAAGUAUAGCAAUACCAAGCAGAAUAUGUGGCAGCAUCUGGUGAAGAAAUUGUAGGUAUUUGUGUGAAAACUACCUAACAUAUCUACUACAAAAAAAAAAACUCUUCCAAAAUAUGUAAUUUAAACAUUCCAACUUCACUACAUUCUAUCGGUGUAGCAUUUCUUACUAUGGUAGUAAUUUAUUUAUUCAUAAUAUAACUAAUAAAGUUUAACAUAUCUAAUUUUCGACAUAUUUAUAGGAAAUUUUAGAAACAUUUUCAUUUUAAUGACCAAAUAUUUAAAAUAAUAAAAUAAUUUCUAUGUUUUUUUGUUGUAAAAUCAAUCUGAAAUUUAGAGAUUUGAAUUAAAGUAAGUAGAAUACUUCUAGUAUUUUGAAGAUCACAUGAAAAUAAAUACUCACUAUGUGUUUGUUAUUUUGGUAUUUUAUCCAAAACAUAAAAUAUUUUUAUGUGAUCUACAAUCUUUGGGACUUAAUGCUGUGCAAUACUCAUACUUGAGGGGAUAAAAACUAAGAUAUUUCUAACAUAAUAAAUUAUUAGCUUUUCCUUCUAAACAGGGAAACUCGUAAUUAUAAAUAUUAUGUGUCAUAAAAGAAAUUAGGCGAAUUCAAAUAUCUUGACAAUCAAAAUGCUUUUGGUUAAAAUUUGUAGUAAAUCAAGAUGAUUUUUUAUUGUAUCUACUAUAAGUAACACUUUUAUUAUUGAUUGGUCCAAAAAAACCUAAUUUUUUCCUUGUUUCAAUAAUAAAAAUUGAGCAUUUGUGUGUGAAAAUUUGGUUUGCAUACAUUAAUUACAAAUUACCGUUACGUUUGCCUUCAGAUUGGUGUAUAAUUGGACGAGGCAGUUUUUUUUUCUCAACUUUUCCAAUGAUUUUCUUUAUUUUGAGUUAUGUUGAACCCAUCAACUUCGAGUUCACAGGGACUAAAGCGAGCGAAGAACAUUAAUUUUGUUUGAUUCGUUGCUUCUUAUUAAAUUUCGGAUGCUUUACUUAUGAUAUUAAUUUUAAAUUGCCUGCGGAAAUAAUUGGAUUGAACAAUGUUCAAUUUUUGUUAUUGGAUAAUAGAGGAAACAAUUUGAAAAAAAAAUCGACCAAAAUAAACAUUGUACAUAAACUGAAUAUGGAGUUUAAAAUUCAUCUUUAUUUACAAAUUAAUCGAUACUUUAAGUCUUCCUAAUUAUUAUUAAAGAAAAUUAUUAUGCAUUUAACUUAAAUAGAUGACUACAAAGUGCCAACUGAUGUACGUUUAAUAAAUUUUAAACUCUUAAGGGUUGUAACGUAAGAUUUGAAAUGCUGAUACAAUCAGAUAAUUGCAGGCUUUUUAGAACAUUUUUUUAUUUGAAAGUUGGCAUAAAAUGCCCCUAAAAAUAAUUAAAAACUGAUUUAAAUUAUAAUUAUUAAAACAUUCUUUUCCAUUAUACGUAUUAUACAUAUGUAUAACUACUGGUUUCGGAAUCUAAACAUUUCUACAUUCAUCAUUUUUGGAAUACAAUUGGAGUUAUAGAAAGAAGUUAAGUAUUGGGAAAUGAUUUUUCAGAUUUUAUUGUGUUGUGAUUUUUCAAUUAAAUAGACACUGAUUUCAACCACUGCUCAGUGUAAUUUGAUCCUUCUUCAUCUGAUGCAGAAAUGCUCAGAUCCUGAAACUAAAUAGCUAUAAUGUUGGAAAGGAUUGUCAAGCAUAGACUUAUAUUUUAAUUUCAUGAUUCAUAUUACGUUUAAAUAUAAAAUAUUACAAAAUACCGGGGUAAAUUUAUUAUUAAAUAUUUCUAGUUGUAGAUGAUUGCUAUAAGCUCAUAAUAUUAUUGUCUUUUGAUGUGAUCAAUUCAUUUUUGAAGAACUCUACUUUUUAUAAUCAGCUAUUAAUUCUAAUAAUGCUAAAUGCAUCUGGGGAAUAUUUUGCUGUUAAUAAAACUUUACUCACUCAUAACAAAAAUAUCUUUUAUGUGUUAACUAUCUUUUAACUGUUGAUUUUAUUUUUGAACUGUGUAUAAUAUACUUUAAAUAUUUGGGAAAAUUUAUGAUGCUCCUCAUUUAAAAGUAUGAUGCUUGCCAGGUUCAACUAUAUAAACCAGUGAUGCAGAAUCCAUAAUUCCAUUCACUUCAGCAUCAAAAUUCUGUUCACAAAUGUUCAAUUCACUCACGACCUAAUCAGUUGUUUAGUAGUUUCAAACAUGGAAUAUUUUCCAUUUUCUUCCAUUUAAUUGGUUUAAUGGCAUCCACUUCUCAUCUUCUCAAGAACUUUGAACAACUCUUACAUUUAUAGUUUUAACUUUCGAAAAACAAUAAUGUGUAGACUAGAUUCUUGUAUUAAUUAAUAACAUGAUAAAAUUAUGUGUGCCAAAAUAUUUUCUAAAUGCUUACAACUAAUAUAAAAGAACAACUUCUAAAUGAGGAGCAUUAGGUAUAUUACAAAAACAAAAUAAAUUUCUUUUUCAUACUCUACACACGCUUCAUGCCUUAACAUUUAGAAAAAUAUACUAUAUUUAUUACUAGUACCUAAUAUUAAUAUUAUAAAUUUCUGCGAUAGUAUAAUAAGGAGACUAUUUCUACACAAUUUAAAAAAUAAUACUCAUAUUUGUAGGCUUAAAUUAGAACUAUUAUAGGGAAACGCGUUGUGGAUAAAAUAUAGGUAAUAAUAUUGAUAAAGUAUCCAUUUUCAUUAUAGCAAUAUAUUCAAGUUUUAGGUAUAGCAAUACACAAUUUGUUGUAUUUUACUUGAAAGAUGUGUUACGAGUAGAUUUUAUUUUAUUUUUUUGCUUAUUUUAAUCGAAAAACUACUAGACUUUCCAUUCAGAACAUUCUCAUCUGCUUGAACGCUAUUUAUUCGAAAAAUCUAGUUUGGAAAUAGCAAAAUUCGAAGACUUUUCACUCAAAAUAAAUCAAUUAUUUACCAUUUGUAUAAAUACAAGAUUUUUGAAGGCAAUUUCUUACUCUUUCAUGAGAAAUUUCAACUCGGCAACUCGACAAAAAAACGACAUAUAUUUUCAAAAUUCUUAUUAUUUUGAAUCAGACAAAUUUUCCUUAAUCCGGAAUUGCGAAAACUCAUGAAUAAACAAAAACAAAAACUAUUAUAGAGUUACUUUGGAGCUCUCAAGAUCAAUUUGGGAAAGCACCAGAAGAGGAUCCCUAUUUAUUAUUUUCAUCCAAAAAUCAAACUUGACCUUGAAAUAUUGUACCUAUCUUUAUAAUUUUAAAACACCCCGCAUUUACCAUUUUUGUUGCUAAAUAUAUAAUUUAUUACUAAAAAACAUUAAAUAAUAAUAAUGUAUGUACAUUAAAAUUGAUAUAUGGAUUAGUUUAGGUACAUUUGGAGCUUUCUUAUACUUAAUGAUGACUAAUUUCUUCUAGUGCCAUAAUAAUUGCCAUAUUUGGAUCAUCUAGUCAUACAUUUAAGUUAUUUAGUUAGUUAUUGUUAUAUAAGUUUUGGUUGCUGAUAUACUAUACAUAGUACCUACCUGUGUAUUUUUCUAUUUAUUAUACAUAUACAUCUCGAUUUUUUGGUACACUUUGUAUGUAUGUAAUUUUUUUGCCAUUUUUUAAAAUAUUUAAUUUAUUGUGCUAAAAGUAGGAACAUUUUUAUAUUAUCGAAUAUUGGCAUAUUAUGGUGUCGUCUUUACUUCACAUUCUUCAUGUAAAAAACCUUUUUUAUCUGUUUUAGUGUUUUAUUAAAUUUUUAACUCUUGUUAUUAGUCAAAUAAGUAUUGUAUUUAUUGAGAAAUAAAUUAUUGUACUCUUGAUCCGAUUAUUCUGAUUGUUUUAAAUAUCAUUUUUCCUCUAGGAGUAAACCACCUCUACAAAGUAUGUGGGAUUCUAGUGGAAUUUUGUGGGAUUCUGUG